AUGCUGAGGUCGAUAGCGACGUCUCGCGCGGCAUUUGCGCCUGCCUCUCGUCGGAUCGUCUGUCGCUUCUCCUCCAGCAGCAGCUCGACCGCCGCCUCUUCCAGCACCGAUGCUUCUUCUUCGACCUCCCACCAUGCCUCUUCCUCAACCUCCACGCCUCGACCGCGCCUGACACUUCCCGAUCCACCACCGCCUCGCCCACGUCCCGUCCGCCGCGCCCUCUUCACCCUCGGCUGGCUCCCCGUCGCCCUCUUCAUCACCUCCCACCUCUACAGCCUCGGCAACGUCACCGGUAGCUCCAUGUCACCCACCUUCAACCCUGCCCCCCAGUCCAACCGCUCCGACCUCGUGCUCCUCAACCGCACCGUCACGUACAAGCACGCCGAGCUGGCCGUGGGAGACAUUGUGACGCUCAUCUCGCCGCUCGACCCGCGUCUGCUUUUGACGAAACGGGUGAUUGCGCUCCCCGGGGAUAGUGUGAGGGUGUGGGUGCCAGGGGGACGGUGGAGGAGGAUCCAGGUGCCACCCGGUCAUGUGUGGGUUGAGGGGGAUGCAGCGGUAGAUAUCCUCCCCGGAUCUCUCGAGCGCGUGGCCAACGGUGAAAGUGCACCGGCGGGAUGGAGGAACAAGAGUCGCGACAGCCGCGAGUUCGGUCCCGUACCCAUGGGGUUGAUCACCAGUCGCAUCGAGGCGGUGGUUUGGCCGCCCGAGCGAUGGGGUCGACCCGCACCGAGACCAGAGCCUCGGGGCGAGGCGAAUGGGAAGUACCCACAAUCGAGCAACGAUCGCAUGACGCAGGUCAACCCGAGUCUGGCCAGAGUGUUGGACGAGAUGACGCUGAUGGACAAGCAGGGGAGGGGGAGGAAGGCACAUCCGCAGGACUCGGUCAUCAGCCCGUACGUCGAUUGGGACGAUCCUCACGCCCAAGACGAAGGAACGGAUCCCAAAGAGGAGGGGGAGGACGGGAGGAGGAGAAAGCACGCAUGGAAUCAGUCGAGCAGAGGAGGACGGUUGGGGGACGAUGCUGAUUGA